CCCACUCGGACAGCGGCGCGCGCGCGUCGCCAACAGUCGGCCCGCCGCCGGCACCUCGUCCAGUCGCGCGCGCCGCCAGCCGCCCCGGCCGGCUCCCCACGUGAACGCGCAACAUGAGCUCCGGCAAGAGGAAGCUCUCCUUCCUCGGCUUCGCCCCGCAGACGGCGGGCGAGGACGAGGUGCGCCUGGACGACGAGAUGGAGCGCGUGGUGUGGGGCGAGGGAGCGCCGCGCCUGCCCGCCGCCGCCGCGCCGCGCCGCGACUCCGCCGCGCCGCCGCCCUACGCGCCGCCCGCGCCGCAGCCCGAUGGCGGCAGCUCGGUGAGCGCGUCGGAGGCGUCGCCGCCGCCGCCGGCCAGCACGGGCUCGGAGCACCAGGUGUCCUCCGGCUCGGGCAGCCCGCGCGACCAGGACGCGCGCCACGUGCAGUUCGACGGCGAGCGCGCCGAGCACGCCGCGCUCGCCGCGCCCGACGCGCUCGACGACGCCGACGACGAGCGCCGCGCCAUGCGCAACAUCAAGCACCUGCACCCGCACAAGCCGCGCAAGUACUCGCUGCAGGAGGCGCGCGGCGCGGCCGAGCGGCGCGUCAGCAUCGAGCCGGCCGACGAGCCGCUGCCCGAGGCCGACGCCGACCAGCUGCACGCGCACCGCAGCGACGACCCGCGCGCGCUGCGCCGCCACAAGAUCCAGCCGCGGGGGUCGACGGUGCACGUGGGCCGCAAGGAUGGCGGCGACAAGGUGCAGAACAUAUUGUCGGACGCUGCCUACAAGAAGAUGUAUGACCACAGCCCGCACGCGGUGUUCGUGCAACUCGACGAGCUGCUGGCCACCGAGGACGGCGAGGCGGAGUGGAAGGAGACCGCGCGCUGGAUCAAGUACGAAGAGGACGUGGAGGAGGGCUCGGCGCGCUGGGGCAAGCCGCACGUCGCCUCGCUGUCCUUCCACUCGCUGCUCAACCUGCGCCGCUGCCUCGAGACCGGCGUGGUGCUGCUGGACCUGGACGAGAAGGACCUGCCCGGCGUGGCCUACAGGGUGGUGGAGCGCAUGGUCGCGGACGGGCUGAUCGAGGAGGACGACAAGCCGGUGGUGAUGCGCUCGCUGCUGCUGCGCCACCGGCACGUGCACGACGACCGCUUCCGGUUCUCCAUCGGCGGCCGCAAGCACUCCUCGUACACGAGCCUGCAGUCGCUGUGGCUGGAGGAGGGCGCGGCGGCGCGCGCGCGCUGCUCCGUGUGCAGCGCGCAGGCCGCGUGCCGGCGCCACAGCGCGCACCUCAUCGUACGGCAGCCCGCGCCCCCCGUGCGAAACCUGGCGGACCCGCGGCGGCGCCGCAGCUCGUACGCGCUGCCGCUGGAGCGCGCCGAGGUGCGCAAGAAGUCGUCGGCGGGCGGGCUGGACCUGCGCGAGGUGGAGUACCUGGCGGGCGUGGACGCGGCCGCCGGCUCGCAGGACGAGCUGCGCCGCCCGCACAACGACUCCAUCCUCAAGCGCAUCCCCGGCGACGCCGAGGCCACCACCGUGCUGGUGGGCGCCGUCGGCUUCCUGGAGCAGCCCACCAUCGCCUUCGUGCGCCUGGCGCAGGGCAUCCUCAUGCCGUCCAUCACCGAGGUGCCGGUGCCCGUGCGCUUCAUGUUCAUCCUGCUGGGGCCCAGCGGCGCCGACCUCGACUACCACGAGGUGGGCCGCUCCAUCUCCACGCUGAUGGCCAACCCCGCGUUCCACUCGAUCGCGUACAAGGCGGACGACCGGCGCGAGCUGCUGUCCGCCAUCAACGAGUUCCUGGACGACUCCAUCGUGCUGCCGCCCGGCGACUGGGAGCGGCAGGCGCUGCUGCCGUUCGAGGAGUUGCGCGCCAAGAGCGAGAUGAUCCGGCGCCGCAAGCGCGACGCGCUGGAGCGCAAGCGCGCCGCCGGCGAGGCGCCCGCGCCGCCCGACGAGAAGAAGGCGCUGCUGGCGGCCGAGGCGGGGCUGCCCGGCAAGGAGCCCGACGACCCGCUCACGCGCACCGGCCGUCUCUUCGGAGGCGUGGUGCGCGACAUGCGGCGCCGCUACCCGCACUACGCGUCGGACUUCCGCGACGCGCUCAACGGGCAGUGCGUGGCCGCCGCCAUCUUCAUGUACUUCGCGGCGCUCUCCUCCGCCAUCACCUUCGGCGGCCUGCUCGCCGAGAAGACCUACGGCAACAUCGGCAUCUCCGAGACCCUGGUGUUCACGUGCGCGGGCGGCGUGCUGUUCGCGCUGCUGUCGGGGCAGCCCAUGAUGAUCACGGGCGCCACGGGCCCGCUGCUGCUGCUGGACGAGUCGCUCGCCAACUUCUGCCACUCGAACGGCUUCGACUUCCUCACGGCGCGCAUGUACUGCGGCUUCUGGAUGAUCGUCAUCGCGCUCGGCGUCGCCUCCGUCGAGGGCAGCGUUGCUGUCAAAAAAAUCACGAGGUUCACUGAAGACAUCUUUGCUUUCCUGAUAUCGCUGAUCUUCAUCGGAGAGCCGGUGACGAGCCUGAUCAACGUGUUCCGCGCGCACCCGCUGGGCAUCGACUACUCGUCGCCCAACGCCUCGCUGCCUAACGUGACCGUGGUGGACAACUCCACGCUGUCGGGCAAUGCAACGGUGCCGGCGCCAGCACCAGCGCCGAUGCCGCCUCAGCCGAACACUGCCCUGUGGUGCACCAUGCUGACUCUGUCCACGUUCAUCAUCGCGUACUACCUGCGCAUCUUCCGCAACGGCAAGUUCCUGGGCCGCAGCGCGCGGCGCGCGCUGGGCGACUUCGGCGUGCCCAUCGCGAUCGUGCUGAUGGUGGGGCUGUCGUGCGCCGUGCCCGUGUGGACGGAGACGCUGCGCGUGCCCGAGGGCCUGAGCCCCACGGCGCCGCGAUCCUGGUUCGUGCCGCUCAACGACGGCCUGGCCACCAUCCCCGCCUGGGCCGCCUUCGCUAUGGGGCUGCCGGCGCUUAUGGUCUACAUCAUCGUCUUCAUGGAGACGCACAUCGCUGAACUGAUCAUCGACAAGCCGGAGCGCAAGCUGAAGAAGGGCAGCGGCUUCCACAUGGACAUCGUGAUCAUGUCGACGGUGAACGCGCUGUGCGGGCUGUUCGGCGCGCCGUGGCAGUGCGUGGCCACCGUGCGCUCCGUGAGCCACGUGUCGGCGCUCACCAUCAUGUCCACCACGCACGCGCCCGGCGACAAGCCGCACAUCGUCGAGGUCAAAGAGCAGCGGCUGACGGCGCUGCUGGUGGCGCUGCUGGUGGGCGUGUCGGUGCUGGCGGCGCGCUGGCUGCGCCUGGUGCCCAUGGCCGUGCUGUUCGGCGUGUUCCUCUACAUGGGCAUCUCGGCGCUCGGCGGCAUCCAGUUCUGGGACCGCUGCAUCCUGCUGCUGAAGCCGGUGAAGCACCACCCGCAGGUGCCGUACGUGCGGCGGGUGCCCACGCUCAAGAUGCACCUGUUCACGCUGAUCCAGGCGGCGGGGCUGGCCGUGCUGUACGCCGUCAAGUCGUCGCGCUUCUCGCUCGCCAUGCCCUUCUUCCUGGUGAUGAUGGUGCCGCUGCGCAUGUCGCUCGUCUACCUCUUCACGCCGCUGCAGCUCCGAGCGUUGGAUGGCGCCCAGAAAGAUAUCGACAAGGACGACGAGCCCGACUUCUACGAGGAAGCUCCGCUCCCCGGAUAGAGCGCGCGCCACGUCACUGCUGCGUCACCGCGCGUCAUCUCGCGUCAUCGCCGACUGUAGCUGACGAUCACUCGAUAUCAAUCAACGCUUACUUAAGUAACUUCAACUUACAGAUAUUGUUUUAGAUGCAUAUAAUGCACUAAGCACGUAAGUAGAUAAAUAUUUACACGCACACGAAUUAGUUUUUCCAGAGUCGAUAGGUUCAACAUUGACUUUACAUUAAAAUGAAAUACAGAUGCGCUCGGGAUGUGAACGCACACAAACAGAUACAUGUAGGUAUCUAUUUAGAGUCGGCUCGGCAGCGCGUGUGCGGCGCUGGGCAGCGCUCGCUGCGUGCUCGCGUGCUGCGGGCCGCGUGCUGCAUACCGUAGCUUAUCUAAAGGCCGCGCAUUUGUAUGGACAGAAUGGACUGGGCCAACAAAACUGUCUCAAAUUCAAACAAUCACUUACUGAUUGACAAUUGAUUUAUUUGCCAAAAUAAUAAUAACAGGUGGAAACAAUACGGAGGUUUUAUUCUAUUUAACGAACAUUGAUCUGUAAUAAAAUUCUUGCUAACAGAUAAUUUUGAACUUUAUUAUGGAACAGCUAGAUAUUAUUAAAUAUAUCUAACUUGAGGCAUUUUAGUCACAGUUUCAAAAGGUAAUAUGUUAUGGAAAUACGUUGACCGAAUCGAUUGGAAAAACGAUGAACCUUUUCUUUCCGGCACUGUAGAGUGUACUUAGAUAGUGCAACGUGCUCGCGCAGUAGUAGUAGUACUCGAGCGCAGCGCCGCGCCGGCGCCGUGCGUCUCCCGCGCUCUGCUUGCACUUCUUCUUCUUCUUCUUCAUUUAUACGUCUAACGUAUAUCUUCUUUACUAUUACACUAAUUGUAAGACUUUAUUACAUAUCAAAAUAUAUAAUUGUAAAGCUAGUGAGUAUCGUAUAUUUCGUGGAAGGCCAAGUACUGAGUCUGCGUGCUGCUGACUCGUUGUCGUACAAAUGUUAAACUUAAGUGUUACGUUAGUAUUUUUAAUUUUUAUUUAAUGAAAUAGCUUAGUGAUACAAGAGGUGUAUAUAGUGGCCGAUGUGCAAUUGUAACUAGCUAUUUGUUAGUAUUACUCUGUAGAUAUUUAAGGUAAGAAAAGGGUUGCUUUGGUAUUAAUGUAAGUUAAAAUAUUUAUUACGUACUUAAAUGUUAUUUAUUUCUUUGUUAAAGUGUUAAAUAAAAAAAUUGAUAAAAAAUACGCUUUUAUUUUGACACUAGCACCACUCCGAUGUAUCUCGGAGUCCGUUUGGUUGAGGAAACAAUAUACUAUGUAGGUAAUAUGCUGUGUACCUCGAGUCUGUUCGUCUCGUGUCGCUGCAAACUGCAGCAAAGCGUGGCUGUGCACACCUCAUCCGUCUUGACAAAUCCCUUUCAAGACGACGACAAAUAUCUGUCGGAGACGCUCAUUAGUACGGACACUCACGCAAGCGCGCCCUCUGGUGGCGUUUCUGGUGAAACAACAUUUUGGCGCGCUUGGCAGAGUCGUGGUGGUCAGCGUGGCGUCCGCGGAGCUCAGUCUUCGUCGAGUCUUCGUUGAGUCGUCGCUUUGCACACAUCUCGAAACUGUUAUUGCGUUGUAGUACCGUUGUAGAUCCAUAUUGUAAAGUGUAAAGGUUAUUGUGACGGUUCUUCUAACCUAACAGACAGACAUGUGUUGCUGGGGAGUUUGUUGCGCCACUUCUUCUCCCCAGCCAAAACACAUAGGAAGUGGUGAAAUCGGGCGUUUUGGGGGCUGUUUUUUGUUCUGACUAAUUUGAAUAAACGUUUUUGAAUUUUGA